AUGUCGCAGCGACAGCCUCUAGCUAUCGUUGGCUAUGCUUAUCGGGCACCCGAUGUUGGUCGGAAGGGUCUUUGGGAGUUUUUGGAGCAAGGAAAACUCGCAUGGUCGCCGGUACCCUCUAACCGAUUCAACCAUGAUGCCUAUUAUCAUCCAAACGCGGAGAAAGCGGGCUUCAUCUCGUCCAAGGGGGGUCACUUUCUGCCAGACGAUCCGUACGCUUUCGAUCCAUCUUUCUUCAAGAUCAGUGCCGAGGAAGCAAAGUUCAUGGAUCCCCAGCAGCGGUGCCUACUUGAAUGUGCCUUUGAGGCUGCAGAGAGCGCUGGUAUUCCACUUUCGGAUCUCCUGGGCUCCAACACGGGAGUUUUUGCAUCUGGUACCGAUCCAGACCACGCCAUUGCGAUCGCAAAGGACUUGAUGAACUCAUCAAAGUACGCCGCUUUUGGAUCUUCGCAAUCCAUGUUCGCCAACCGCUUGUCUCAUUUCUUUGGUCUCACUGGACCAAGCGUUGCUGUAGACGCGGCCUGCUCUUCCAGUACCUACGCACUGCAUCUCGCGUGUCAAAGUAUUCUGGCUGGAGACUGUUCUGCGGCCUUUGUCGGAGGCUCGAAGCUACUCAUCGGCCCGUUUGGGUGGACAGGGCUUGAUCAGCUGGGUGCAACUUCACCGGAAGGUAGGAGUUUUGCCUUUGAUAGUAGGGCGUCUGGCUUCGGAAAAGGCGAGGGGGCUGCCUGUUUGAUCAUCAAGCGACUUUCAGACGCGCUCGCUUGUGGUGAUUCGAUCCAAGCCAUCAUUCGUAAUACCGUCUGCAACCAUUCAGGAGCUACACAAGGUAUUUCGAUGCCUUCCCGUAGUAGUCAAGAAGAGCUUCUGUUCAAUUUACAUCGCGAUGUUGGAAUGGAUCCCGAUGAGACUGCAUUUGUGGAGGCCCAUGGUACUGGAACCCCUGUUGGGGAUCCAAUCGAUGCCGGUGCUAUUGCAUCAGUAGUCGGACGUCACAGAUCGCCCUCCAAUCCCGUAUAUAUCGGGGCGGUGAAGUCAAAUUUCGGCCAUCUCGAAGGUGCUAGCGGUUUGAUCUCAAUCAUCAAAUGCAUCAUGAUGCUGGAGCGCGGGAUCAUGCUGCCUAAUGCUGACUUUUUGGAGAUGAACCCCGAAAUCGAGGGUCAUGAUCGAUUAAAGGUAUUGGCUAAUUCGAUGCCCUGGCCGUCUGGGGCACGGAAGAGAGUCUGUGUUACCAAUUUUGGCUUCGGUGGAAGCAAUGCAGCGAUCCUGCUCGAACAGGGGUCAAGGGAGCUCUCCGAGGAGCAUCGCGUGAUGACCAACGGAAACGGCAUUAGAACGAACGGCAUCGAGGGUGCAGUGAACGGUAACGAUGUCUACCCUGGUAUCAAAGGCGUUCGGCUAAAGAAGAUGAUCGAAACUCAUGUUGACACACUGGCAGGUUUCAACAACAUGAUGACGCCUAGUGGUCAUGCCAACAACGGCGUGGCGGAGCAUUUAUAUGUCUUCUCUGCGCAAUCUCGGAAUAGUCUUGAGGCAUACCAAUCUUCCUUUGCAGACUACUUGGCAGGGAAACCAACGUCGGCUGGAUUUGCUAAAAACCUUGCCUAUACUCUUGGGCAGCGAAGAACGCAUUUCGCUCACCGUGUCGCCUUGGUGGCAGAGUCUACAAGAUUGUUGAAGGAUCAGCUGCAGUCGGUGGCCAAAAGUACCAGACCAGGGAAGACGGAAGACCCUGUAGUUGCAUUUAUUUUCACCGGACAAGGUGCACAAACCUUCCGAAUGGGCGCCGGUCUACAGAAAUACGAGCAAUUCGCGGAAGCAAUUCAGGCGGCCGAACAGCUUCUUGUGACUCUGGGAGCUACGUGGUCCCUGAGCGAAGAACUCAAUAGGGACAAGCUCGAGUCCCGGAUCGAUGAUCCCGAAAUCAGUCAACCGGCAUGUACUGCAAUACAGCUUGCCCUUGUUAUUCUGCUUAAGUCAUGGGGCAUAUUUCCUGCAGCUGUCCUCGGGCAUUCCAGCGGGGAGAUUGCAGCAGCCUUCACUGCUGGCCUUGUUUCAUUCGAAGCUGCAAUUGCGAUUGCCUAUUUCCGGGGCAUCGCUGCCAAGGAGAUUGCUGCUGAUCAAGGUGUAGACGGAGCCAUGUUGGCCGUCGGGACGAGUGCCCAGGAAGCACGGAAGCUGUUGCAAGGUUCCAAAGGCUAUGCAGUUGUUGCAGCGGUCAACAGUCCUAACAGUGUGACAAUAUCCGGAGAUGUGGAUACCAUCCAGCGUGUUCACCAACAGGCAGAGCAGCAGGGGCUUUUCGUGCGGAGGCUAAAAGUUACAGUAGCUUAUCAUUCGCGCCACAUGGAAAGAGCGGCAGAUUCAUAUCUGGCAUCUAUCACGCCGCACUGCUCUGCCAAAUCAAAACCAACCGACCAGCAACCGACGACGCCACGAUUCAUAUCGUCAGUCACAAGAACGGGAGAGACUGCUGAUCCAACUCUUGCAUCGUAUUGGGUCAAGAACCUAGUCCAACCAGUGCAGUACCUGCAAGCUGUGGAGACACUAUACUCGAGCCGUGGGAGUAUUGAUGGAAACGGCCAGGGACCGGAUAUCAUGAUUGAGAUUGGUCCACAUCCAGCACUCCAAAGUGCUACAAAACAAACAUUGGAAUGGAUCGCCAGCGGUGGUCAGAAUCAAGCGGAGCACGUGAAGUAUGUCCCUACGCUCAUGCGUACCAUGGUAGCCACGACGUCACUACUGAAAUUGGCCGCCUCUUUGUUUGAGGGAGGAUUGGACAUCAACCUCGCCGCUGUCAACGAGACCAGAUCAUCUGGGGUGCAAAUCAUCGACGAUCUCCCGGCCUACGCAUGGAAUAAGGCCGACCGAUACAUCCUACAGACUCGAAUGGCGACCAAUUGGCUUCACCAAGGGGGCCCAUACCAACGCCUCCUCGGUUCAAGGAGUCCCUACAGCGAAGGAAAUGAACAUGUCUUUAGAAACGUCUUCACCCUGGACGACCUGCCCUGGAUUCGGGACCAUUUCAUCAAUGGCGAUGUCCUUUUUCCCUUCACUGGUUUCGUAUCUUUAGCCAUUGAGGCCUUGAGGUCGCUUACCACCGACGUGGCACCGGCCGUGCUCAUCAAAGAGUUUCAUGUUAAAGCUAGCCUGGUGAUUGAGGAGGACGAACGCGUCGACUUGACCACCAAACUUCGUCCUGCCCCAACGGGCUCAGCAACUGUUUCGCCCACAGCCUGGUUCGUCGACAUUCUGUCCUGGUCCAACUCCCACCAAUGGACGCAACAUGCAUAUGGUCUGAUUGAGGCAGAUCAUAGCCACGAAUCCCUCGCCGAAAGCCCACACGUCCAAUCUGCGCUGCAGAUACUCAAUCGCAAGACACUUCAGGAGCUUGAUGCGCAAGGUGAGUACGCUGCAUUGAAAGCGAAUCGGGGAGUCGUUUACGGCCCAUCCUUCCGGCUCAUGACUGGUCUUUGGCGAGACUCAGCUGCCACCGUUUCGACCUUGGUAUUAGGCCGCCUAGACCCCGACCCUCAUGCGCACCCAGAAGCGUCCCCGGUGACCGUGGAUCCACCUCUGCUAGACAGCAUCUGUCACGCUUUCGGCCCCAUGUUGGGGAGUGACAGACCGGGGCCUACUAUGGUGCCUUCAUUCUGCCUUCAGUUCCGAAUAUCAAACCGUAUCGCUGCGGAUGCCGGGCGGGAAUUCAAGGUUGUUUCCACGCUCGUGGGUCGUCCCGAGAAGUCAGAGGCGCAGGUGCGGCUCGUUUUGUUUGAGAUGUCGACAGAUUCUUUGCCUCCGAAGCCUGUCGCCGAGAUUGGCCCCCUCAGGCUGCAAGGCAUUGAGCGAGGGAAUGCAAUUGGUUUGCAAUUGCCGGAGAGCUAUACCUUCAAGCAUGUGCCGUACACGAAUCUCAUGGACACACGCGCCCUCUCCGAGAUGGUUCAGGGUAAUCCGGCGACCCAAGAUGAACUGAGCAAGCGGCAUGAUUUGGACCGUGCUGCUGUACAUUUCCUGUCCCGCAUGUUCCAGGAGAUUACGGACGACGACACAUCGAAUGUGCCUGUACAUUACGCCAAGUUCCUCGCCUGGGCCAGAAGGGCUAUCAAGGCAUCACAACAUGCAACCACCGAUGCUGCAGCAUUAUUGGCCAAGGUCUCGUCAUCGUCUGACACCGGGAAGAUGGUUUGUGCAGUCGGCGCACAGCUCCCCCAGAUCAUCAGGGGGGAACAGCUUCCGAUGAGUAUCAUGCUUGAGGAUGGCUUACUCCAGCGUGCCUAUGAACAAUACUCAACCUCUCGCUUAAAUCAAGCGGCAGCAAAUUAUAUCGCACUAUUGGCAGCAUGUAAUCCCGAUCUCAGGAUCUUGGAGAUUGGUGGAGGGACGGCAAGUGCCACGCUACCUGUCCUUGAGGGUAUUCAAAGGGCAACAGAAGGACUGCUGUCUUCCUAUCAGUAUACUUUCACCGACAUCAGCGCCUCAUUCUUCGACAACGCCCGGACGAAACUGUCUCAAUGGUCCGGGCAGCUGAGUUACAGUAAAUUGGAUAUCAGCCAGAAUCCUCUUUCACAAGGAUUUGCUGCAGAGUCAUACGAUGUCGUGCUAGCCAGCAACGUGCUCCAUGCUACGCCCGACAUGGUCGAGACUCUGAAGUAUGUGCGAGCGGUGCUGAAACCCCAUGGGAAGCUUAUCCUUGUCGAGGGCGUGGUUGAAACUCCACAGCCCCAUGUGCUGCCGUUCGCCUUACUUGAAGGAUGGUGGCUGUCGGAGGACUCCUACCGCUCGACGUCCGAUGGACCGUUCUUCAACAAGGAGCUGUGGAGCGAUCUACUCCGCUCAACUGGCUUCACUGGGGUGGAGGGUUUUGUGGAUGAUUAUCCAGGGCGGCCAGAACACCUUCACUCUGCAAUGUGGUCGACAAGAUGUGACACGGAAAGAACUUGCAACGAGAAAGUCGACAUCUCUGUCUAUCACUGCGUUUCCCAAGAAGACGUCGGGUUUGCAGAGAUGGUCUCUAAUGAUCUGGCCCAUAAGCUUGACUGUACAACGUCCGUCAAGCAUCUUGUCCGGGAUCACCACGACAAGCAGACCUCGAUCUGCGUCAUCCUGGACAGCCAUCAACACAGCAUGCUGAGUGAUCUAUCAUCGGCCAUGUUCCACGCCAUUAAAAACCUCCUCCUGCACACUCCUAGUCUGCUCUGGGUUUUGCCAGACCAGUCUCACCCUGACGCGUCCAUAAUCAGAGGCAUAUUGCGUUCUCUGCGCCUCGAAAUCAGCACCAGCAGAUUCGUCCUGCUCGAAGCUCCUUGCAAUGCACGUGGCUCUGAAGCGAUUGCGCGACUCGUGAAGAAUAUGAUGCAGGAGGUAAAUUCUACGAUCCACGGCGAGCAGGAAUAUGUUCUCGUGGAUGAUGUACUUCAUGUGCCUCGACUGGGAAUUGUCGAAACCGCGAAGGAGGUGUUUGCAGCCGAAGCGGGCGGAACAGUGAUGAGGGAACAGAACAUCCGCCACGCCGAGGAUGCUAUCGAGAUGACUUUGGACGCGGUCGGCAGUCCGGAUUCGUUAUAUCUCCGCGCCAGUGACAUCCUGAGCACAGAGCUGGGCGCCGACGAAGUCAUUGUCCGCGUUGCGGCAGUUGGUAUCAACUUCAGAGAUCUACUGCUGGUCCUCGGAUCCUUGCCAUGGCAUGCUCUCGGUUUUGAGGGCGCAGGCGUGGUGGCCCAAGUUGGAACCCGCGUGAACGACCUGCACGUCGGCGACCGCGUCUUCUACGUCGUCAACGAAGGCGGCAUGGCCAACUUCGUACGGAUGUCCAGCGUGCGUGCCCAUAGAAUACCCGACGGUCUGGCCAUGGUUGACGCGGCCUCCUUGCCAAUUGCCUUCAGCACGGCGAUUAUGAGUAUCAUCGAGAUUGGCCGUCUCCGCAAAGGCCAAACUGUGCUUAUCCAUAGCGCGUCGGGAGCAGUUGGACAGGCCUGCAUCAUGAUUGCUCAACAAAUCGGCGCCCGGAUAUUUGCCACCGCAGGCUCGACCGAGAAAAGAGAAUUCGUUGCGAAAACCUAUGGCAUCGCGACCGCUCACAUAUUCUCGAGUCGGAAUUCCGACUUCAAACACAGGAUCCUACAGGCAACCGAUGGGCACGGGGUUGAUCUCGCCGUUAAUUCACUGAGCGGCCCUCUACUCCAGGACACUUGGGAUUUGAUUGCCGAAAAUGGUAUAUUCGUCGAGAUUGGCAAAAAGGACCUUCUCGAGAACAAGUACCUGCCCAUGAGAAAUUUCGACAAAAACAUCACUUUCAGCGCUAUCGAUCUACGGAAGUUUGCCGCCGCACGACCUAAGGCCGUGAAGGAAUGGUUAUCAACUAUCGUCCGCAUGCUUGAAGGCCAAGAAAUCAUGCCUGUUCGUCCCCUGACCAGCGUCUCGAUCUCCCAAGUCAAAAGUGGUCUGCGAAAGCUACAGUCCGGUACAAACAUUGGCAAGAUUGUUGCGACGGUGGAAGAUGAAAGUGUCAUGGUAGAGCGCCCUUCGCUGCGGAGGCUAAGCUCGGAAGGUCUGCUACAUCCAGAUGCCACAUACCUGAUCACCGGUGGCACUGGAGGGAUUGGUCGCGCAUUGGCAUCCUGGAUGAUCAAGAAAGGGGCCCGGAACGUGGCUCUGCUAGGACGCAGCGGCGAUUCUAACCCAAAUGUGGCCAAUCUGCUGAAACGAUACGAGGGUACUGAUAUCUGCAUCCGAGCUCUCGCCUGUGACGUCAGCUCUCGCCCUGACAUGGUUCGCGCCGUGGAAGCGUUAGCAGAUCUUCCACAAGUACGAGGUGUGGUUCACGGGGCUCUCGAAUUACGGGAUAGGAUCCUUGCCAACUCUACCUUCGAAGACUGGCAGCGAACCAUGGGGCCCAAGGUUGAGGCAGCGUGGCAUCUACAUGAGCUCUUGCCAGAUCUCGAUUUCUUCGUAUCUCUGGGCUCCAUGUUAGGCGUCGGUGGCCGAGCUGGGCAGUCUCUCUAUGGAGGAACUUCGACGUUUCUCGACGCAUUCUCAGAAUACCGAAUCCGGUUGGGACUGCCUGCUGUUACCGUCAGCCUGCCCCUUGUCGAGGGUGUCGGUAUUGCCUUCGAUCGCGGCAUCGUCCAACACUUGCAAGGCACCGUGGGCGCCAGCAUAAACGAAGAUCAACUUUUCACUCUGAUCCAUGGGGCCAUCAUUGGGCCAUCUUCUGGACUCAAUGCCCAUGGAAGAAGCCUGUCUUGCACGCUCGCGUCGAAGACGGAGGCCGACGACUUGCCGUGGGAGCACAUAAGCCCAUUGUCUGUGAUAGGGCGUCUACGAAAUAGAGCCGGCGGUGUCGAUCCUUCUUCCAACGAAAGCAAGAAGCUCCAAGGUCAUCUACAGAAUGCGUCUCCGGAGCUACUUUUAGAGGCCUUGGGCGACAAGGUAUCGUCGAUUACGAGGAUCGACAGGGACGAGAUUACGCCCGACAGGAGUUUACUUGACUACGGACUCGAUAGCCUGUUCUCCCUGGAGCUUCGGAAUUGGAUUCGACGGCAAUUGAACGUUGACAUGGCGCUCAAAGACAUUACUGCUGCCCCUAAUUUGAAAACUUUGGUCCAGCGGAUUACUGCUCGCAUGACAUCCGUCUCGGCUCCUCCACAGAUUCAACCUCUCGCCAAGGCCGUUACUGAAAGUGGUUCGACACCCAGCUCUUCCAGUCAUUCGCCCGAAAGUGUGGUCUUACCACGACUCCCACUCUCUCCCCUGCUCGGUCUUCAAUCUGACGACGAGCGAGACAGCAUAGAGGAGCAGCUCCAGUCUAUCGGCAUUGAUCCAUCUAAUGUGGAGUUGGUGUUGCCUUGUGCACCGGUACAAGAGGGUAUACUUUUCGCUCAAUUGAAAGGUCAGGCGCGCCAAUACUUUGACUAUUGGCCCAUGAAAAUUACAGUCAAAGAUGACACCGGUCAUGUCGAUGUUGACCAGGUCGAAGCGGCCUGGAAAGCCGUCUGUGUGGCUCAACCUAUACUCCGGACGGUCUUUACGAGCUCUCGAUCGAGCGUAGGCGCCUUCCAGCAAAUCAUCCUGAAAAACACAGACCCCCAUAUUUCUCAUACGACGGUUGAUCCGCAGGCCAAACUGAAUGCGAUUCGGAACACCAUGGGAGAACCGCAGUUUGCUGCAGCGCAACCACCACAUCAACUACAUCUCGCCCGAGCGUCUAGCUCUGUCAUUUACGCUAUCUUCUACGUGAGCCACGCUCUUUACGAUUACAGAUCGAUCCAGCUCAUUGGUGAGCAGCUUCGCCAGGCCUAUUCCGACUUGGGUAGCAUACGCAAAGGGCCCAGCUUGAGCCGAUAUAUUAGCUGGGUACAAAAUCAUUCGUUGAAAGCGAGAGACUACUGGAAAGCAUACUUGUCCGGCGCUCGACCGUGCUCCAUCCCCGCUCUGGACAGCUCCGAGUCAAGUCUUCUUGACAAGACUCUGCCACCAUACGUCGAUGUAUCGAUCAACCAGCUCUCUCUGCUCCAACCAUUCUGUGGCCGACACGGCGUGACAGUGGCAAACUUGGUGCAAGUUGCAUGGGGAAUGGUGGUCCGUGAGCUUACUGGGUCGCGGUCCGUGAUAACUUUUGGUUGUGCCCAGUCCGCAGUUGGAGCCAUCGAGGGUGAUGAAACGACGCUGGGCCCGCUCCUGGCGAAUAUCACCUGCUGUUUCCAUCUGGAUCCCGGGACAACGCUGUUGGAAUUGCUUCAGCGGGCAAGAGAAGACUCAGUACAUGCUCUGGAGCUUCCCAAUUUCGCCAUGGCCGAACUCGACGAGGCUGUCGGUCUUGGGCAAUCAUCACGUUUCGAUACGGCUGUGACAAUCGUCCGUAUGGCUCCAGAGACGCCUGCGGCACCGGAUGGCAUCCAGGUUCAGCACGUGCAGCCCGAAGAAAUCUAUACUGAGAAUGUUCUAUUGUUGGGUGUCGGUUAUGAUAACAACACUAUCGGUGCCAGGCUGUACUACGAUGUAUCCAGGGUUUCCAGGUCGUUGGCGGAACACGCCGGGGGCUUGUUUGCAACCGUGGCCAAGAAGAUCCUUGGUGACCCAGAUCAGUCAAUCCAGGCGCUCGAGUCAUCAAUCAACCAACCGACCGCCAUCUUUUGCGCUCGGGAUGUUGCAAAAAGCAUAUAUCGCGAAGCAGCUUCUUCGAUUGAGCUGCCAACCAGCUCAAUCGAAGACAUAUAUCCCUGCACUCCUUCGCAACAGCAUCAGAUCCUGGCCUCUGUCCAGCGGAAGAGCGGCGGUUGCAUGGAUCAGUACGUCUUCCGAGUACCAGAACAUGUAUCAACAACCAGGCUUUGCGACGCAAUCGAUAUCGUGGCAACGUCCAGCCCUUCGCUGCGGACCCGAUUUGUGUCCUUGAAGCAGGGCAGUACUUUCCAAGUCACUGUGAAAACCACGCCGUCGUGGAAUUCCGAGACUUCCCUCUCGGAUUAUCUUUCUUGGGAUAGGAACUUCCACAUCCGCUACGGUGGGCCAAUGUGUCGAUUUGGCGAGGUUAAUGAGCCAGAUGGCAAGAACUACCUGGUCCUCUCACUACAUCCGGCCAUCUACGAUCCGUGGAGCCUCGAGCUUAUCAUGACUGCAAUCAGCAAAGUCUAUGAAGACCAUGGCAAACCGCCACACCCGUUCCAAUCCUUGGGCACAUAUAUUUGUCGUUUAUCACACCGUCAGGACGCGCUCGAUGCACAGAGAAUCUUGUCGGCUCGGCCCCAAUGGUCCUACGAAGCAUCAUCCCAGUUCCCAAUCGUGCCCCACGACGCACCCGAUGCAGAUCUUGCUGACUCAAGAUCGUUGGCGAUUCCACUGCCACGGACUGAUACAGGCAAUGAUAUUGGAACAACCAUGGCCGUUCUGCCUGCUGCCUGGGCUUUGUGCCUCUCAAGACUGAAUGGGGACGGGAAAGCCUGCUUCGGCAUCCAUGUGAGUCGCCGUGAUGAAUCGAUUGACGGAAUCGCUCGCACGACGGGGCCGAUUGCAGCCAUCGUCCCAUGUGCUGUGGACCUGACCACGCUGGAUAACGGCGACUCGCUUCUUGGAGCCGUACGGGAAGACGUUCAGGCAACAACACCAUCCCUAGAAGCAUUGAAUCAACGUGAAGCGUCUGCAAGCGAUAGCCUAGGAACGACGUCCGACUCGUUCAGAAAUGUCUUGAUUGUUCACCCAAAUCCUGCCUCCACCAAGCAAACAGGGCCGCCAGAGAUACUGGAACUCAUGCAAACGAGACUGUCUGAGAUCUCAUUCGACGGAGCUAGGCUUGUUACGAAUUGCAGAGUUCAACGCCACGGGAUGUUGUCGAUCGAAAUGCAGUUCGACAACCGAAUUAUUUCAGGGGAAGACAUCGAGAUCCUGCUGCACCAAUAUAAGCAUGCUAUUACCCAACUCGUCCUGGAAGGCACUGCUCCGCUGGCCGACUUGGAUCCCAUGAGCAGUCAUGAGAGGUCACUACUCCUUGAAUGGAACACAAACAGCCCGAGCUCCGUGGAAUGCUGCAUUCAGAACCAGGUGCGAGAUGUGGCUAAAACGGCGCCGACAGCGCCUGCUAUUUGUGCCUGGGACUGCAACCUCAACCACGAGCAGCUGGACGACCUCUCGGAUCGAAUGGCUGCUCUGCUUCGAAAGAAUGGCGUCAAGACAGGAACCAUUGUGCCAUAUUUCUGCGAGAAGUCCGCCGCAGCUAUCGUCGUCAUGUUGGCAAUUCUUAAAGCUGGAGCAGCUCUGGUCGGCAUGGACUCGGAUCAUCCUGCCCAAAGGCUCGACGCCAUCUUGACCGAAGUUGAUGCGUCUAUCGUUGUCAUCUCGACCACCUUGCGUGAGAAAGUCAACGCCAAGGUGCAGGUCAAGAAUGCUGUGGUGGUGGAUGCCGAAAGCAUUCAACAUCUUCCCCGCGGCGGCCCUGGGCAUGUUGCGGUUCAACCGUCGGAUACUUGCUUCGUCCUCUAUACGUCAGGCAGCACCGGCAUUCCUAAGGGCGUCGUGGUUUCGCACUCCAAUUUUGCUACGAGUGUGCACCAUCAACGCGGGUUUGCGGGCAUGUCGGCAGCGACUAGGACCUUGCAAUUCUCGAACUUCAUCUUCGAUGCGGUCAUGAUCGAAGUCUUUAUGACCUUGGUGUCCGGAGGCUGCGUCUGUAUACCCCAGGAAGCGGAGAGGCUCAAUGACCUUUGCGGCGUGAUACAACGAACGCGUGCCAAUUUUGCGAUACUGCCACCGUCAACAGCAAGCCUACUGAGUCCUGCCGAGAUCCCGACUUUGCACACACUAUGCCUCGUUGGGGAACAACUUCCACGGCACAUGGUGGACCGUUGGAGCAACAUUCGUCUGAUCAAUGGCUACGGGCUCAGCGAGACAACCAUCUCCACCUCACUUCGUCGUGUGUCACCCGAUUCCGGCAAACAUCAUCUCAAUAUUGGGCACCCGAUUGGUUGUCGAUAUUGGGUUGUCGACCCUAAUGACCACGACCGACUGGUGGCCCUCGGGUGUCUUGGGGAGCUUCUGGUUCAGGGGCCUGUGGUCGCCCAAGGCUAUCUGAAGAACGCCGAGAAGACUAGAGAAGCCUUCAUCCCGCCACCCAAAUGGAUCAGCGACUUCCCAUCACUCGAUCUGUCGUCGCAACGAUGGUACAAAACAGGAGAUCUGGUAAUGCAAACGGCGGACGGGUCAGUAACGAUGCGCGGCCGUAAGGGAACUCAGAUUAAGCUCGCUGGCCAGAGGAUCGAAUUGGAGGAGAUUGAGCAUCAUCUCCGGCAACUAUCCGACCCCAGCUGGAAAAUUGCGAUGGAGCUCAUCAGGCCGGAUAAUCAGGAUCAGGACGCAUGUCUAGCUAUGUUCUUUGCUGCCAUGAAUGCGAACGACGAAUCCAGAGCUUCAGAGACACCCUGUCAAUUCUUAUCACCCUUUUCGCAAGAGGCCUUGAUGCUCAGGCAAGCUCUAACCUCCAAGCUUCCGUCCUACAUGAUACCGCAGUACUUCAUCCGCCUGAACCGACUACCGCUUACGAGCUCCAACAAAACCGACCGGCAAGCACUCCGCACGCUAGGUGGCAGCCUUUCACCGGAACAGCGAAGUGCUUAUUCUGGGCUUGGGGUUGCUUCCAGUCAAGUGAUGACGCCGCAGCAAGUCAUCGAUGGCGAGUCGCAGAUCAAACACGGCAAGGACCCCCAGGCGGAGCUCCGCAAACUUUGGGCCCGAACUCUUGCUUUGCCUUUGCAUGAUGUCCAGGCGACGGAUGAUUUUUUCAGUCUCGGUGGGAGUUCUCUCCGGGCGAUGCGAUUGGUCAACGCUGCACGCCGAGCUGGCUUCGCAUUGACAGUCGAAGAUAUAUUUAACACGCCUGUGCUCUCGGAUCUCGCUGCGGCAAUGCGCCCGGUAGCAUCUGCUGGUGGCAGCACUGGGCGUGCAGGGGCCAGUCUUAUGCCACGGCCGCCGAAGCCCUCCUCUGCUACGGCUGUCAGCAGCGAGCUGAGGAGUUGCCUCAUGCAGCAUGGCUUCGAGAUGGAAAAGAUCGAGAGUGUGGUGGAGGCGACCGACACCCAGGCCGACCUUCUUGCAGUGUCAGAGUUGGAUGGCCAAGGGUUCAAUCCCAGAUUCGUCAUGGAAUUCGGAGCAGCCGGUCUCGAUCUCGCACAGAUGACCGAGGCUUGUGAGGUGGUCCUAAGGCAGCAUCAUCUCUUGAGAACGAUAUUCGUACAGCAUGGGGCCACUCUUCAACAGGUGGUGUUGAAAUCUCCACCAAGAGGAAGCGUGCAAGUCACUACCGACGAGGAAGAAUUCGAAGAUACAAGUGGGUACUAUGUUGGGAUGAAGACGAUGCUCGAGGAUAGGUUGCCCCGAUUCCGUCUACUUGCCAGGGGAGACAGAUGCCAUAAGCUGCAUCUCCAGAUCCACCACGCGGUCUACGAUGCCAUCUCACUCCCCAUCAUCUUCAAAAAUCUGGAGGCAAUAUACAGGCAGGAGGCUGUUGCAACUGGUCCGAGCUUCCACAGCUGGGUUUCUCAUAUUCGUUCCCUGGACAAAACCGCGGCGAGGGAAUUCUGGGCUCAGACAUUGAAAGGUUCAUCGAUGGCAUACGUUGUGCCGCAUCCCAAAGGGCGACGACCAACCUCGGGUAGUCCCUGCAGCGAAGAGAUUCUGAUACGGGUUCCAAUGAUCAAGACAUCCCAUGGGACCUGCGCAAACGUCGUCCACGCUGCAUGGGCGCUGGUGCUCUCGCACAUCACCGGCAAGCAAGAUGUCGUGUUCGGAAGCGGCCACGCCAAUCGAGACCCCGCCUCCUUCCCCGACGUCGACCAAGUCCUCGGUCUUUGUAUGAAUUAUAUCCCGGUCCGAGCUCGACUCGACACCAAAGCUAGCCUGGGCGGCUUGGUCGCGCAGAUCCAGGCCCAGGCGGUGGCCACCAUCCCGCAUCAACAUCUCGGUGUCCGUGACAUGAUACAGACCUGCACAGAUUGGCCAGCGUGGACACGGUUCAGCAGCGUUUUGCUGUAUCAGAACGAUGAAGCGAUGCAGACGUUCGAGCCCGGGGUCAGAUUCGGAGAUGUCGAUUGCACGAUCAAGGGUAUUGGCGGAGUGGGCCAGGCUUCGGAUCUGUGGCUUCAAGUCUCGCCGUCGGCGUCCAUGAAGGAGCUCAUGGUACAGGUGUGGUACUCGCAGCGCACUAUUCCCGAAGAGAGAGCACAAUCAAUCGCGCGUCUUUUCCAAUCGGUGCUCGAAUCGAUGCCAUUGGCACUGGAGCGGCCGCUCCAGGAAAUCACUGAAACGCUGAAUAAGACAAUGCCGGCUGGCAGUGUCACGGCCGAUUUCGAUCAUCCCAGCCAUCCAGUCGAUGAUGCUUCAACAAACGGUACAGCAUCAACGUCUACCCCGAGUGCUCUCACACUGGCCAUAGUCUCGCAGGCCUGGGAUGAUGUCAGUCUUGUCGUACCUGCCGCUGGUACUCAGACACAGGACGAAAAGACAGUUGAUGAUCAGUCCAUGUUCUGGGGCGGAGCCGGUAGCGCCGAUCUGGUCACCACGUUGCUGUUAUCCCGCUACUAUCAGCGAAAUGGGUAUAAAUUGAGCAUGCAGGAUCUUAUUGACAAUCCUACUCAAAAGGGGCAGGCAGGUCUACUCGAAGCGCUGAAGGAAUAG